AUGGCGAACAAAACAACGUCGUCCUCCUCUUCUCCGCCGGUAGCUGCAGAUGAAUCACAAGACUGGGUACUCGGAGCCGGGUCGGGUUGGGUCGAAGCCCGAACAUCUUGCGAUCACUUGAGCUCUCUUUCUCCCGAUUUGGUUGAAUUACCAACUCCUGAUACUCCUUGUUCAAGGUGUGAAAAUCCGGUAGAGAACUGGUUAUGCCUGUGUUGUAAAGAGGUUCUAUGCAGCCGUUUCGUGAACAGACACAUGCUGAUGCAUCAUCAGCAGACUGGUCACUGCCUUGCACUCAGCUAUAGUGACUUGUCCGUAUGGUGCUUUUGCUGCGAAGCGUAUCUGGAUGCUCAGAUGAUAUUACAGCUGAGACCAAUUCACCAGGCUGCUUACAUUCUUAAAUUUGGCGAGUUGUGUCUUCCUGAACAAAGGGAUGCACUUCUCGAGUUCAAAAACGAGUCUGAGAUCGGGGAACUUUCUAGUUUUUGUUAUAGUGGUGGUCAAUCGAAAACGGAGUCAUGGGUGAAUAACAGUGACUGUUGUUAUUGGGAAGGUGUCACGUGUGACACCAAAUCUGGGGAAGUGGUCGAGCUAGAACUUCAAUGCAGCCACCUCCAUGUUAACAAGAGGCUCGUUGAAUUGGAUCUCUCAGGCAACCAUGUUUCAGGCACAAACAAGAGUUCAGUUUCAGAUCCUCCUUUACAUUUGAUAAGGCGAUUACGUCUGUCAGGAUGCGGUCUCACCGAGUUUCCAGAGUUUCUAAGAAUCCAACAAGAAAUGCAGUUUCUCGACAUUUCCAACAACAAAAUCAAAGGUCAAGUGCCUGGCUGGUUAUGGACGCUACCAUAUCUGAGGUAUGUGAAUCUUUCCAGCAACAGUCUCACCGGUUUCGAAAGAUCAACGAAACAUAGAUUAUCCACUGUCCCGAAACCAUCCAUGAAUGGUUCAAUCCCUCGUUGUAUUUGUGCUAAUCAUCUGAGUGGAAAAGUGCCAGCAACAUUUCUCAAUGGCAGCAAGCUAAGGUCACUCAAUCUUGGUCACAACCAGUUGGUGGGAAAACUUCCGAGAUCUUUGUCUAGUUGUUCUUCUUUGGAGGUUAUAAAUGUGGAGCACAACAAAAUCAACGACACUUUUCCAUUCUGGCUGGAAUCCUUGCAACAGCUACAAGUAUUGGUCCUCCACUCUAAUGAGUUUCAUGGUUCGUUACAGUACCAUCCCAAGGUUGCUUCUCCGUUUCCUCAGUUGCGAAUCAUUGACAUAUCGUACAAUUCUUUCACUGGAAUCUUACCAUCAGAUUUCUUCAUGUAUUGGAGCGCCAUGUCCUUGGAGGGGAAAAGCUCAGAAUUGUUGUACAUUGGACAAGAUAAUCGCUAUUACCGAGACUCCUUGGUUUUGAUGAAUAAAGGAAUAGAGCUGACAUACCCGAGGAUCCUUACACUCUUAAAUGCUAUUGAUAUUUCUGGAAAUCAACUCCGAGGAGAGAUUCCUAAAUCCAUUGGUCUAGUGAAAAAUCUUAUUAUGCUCAAUCUGUCAAGCAAUGGUUUCAGCGGCAACAUCCCUUCAUCUUUGACGAACCUGACUAAGCUCGAGUCCCUAGACUUAUCUCAUAACAAGCUUUCAGGCCAAAUUCCACAUGAUCUCGGGUACCUCACAAGACUAUCUACGAUUGUGGUUUCCCACAACCAGCUCGUCGGUCUGAUACCGCAAGGGCCACAGUUUCAGACGCAAAAUGCUUCGUCUUUUGAAGAAAACCUUGGACUUUGUGGUCUUCCUCUUAGUAAAAACUGCGGAGACAAAGACAGAGAGGACUCACAAGAACCAGAAUCAGAGGAGAAAGAAGAAGAAGAGGAAGGAGUAUUGAGCUGGACUGCAGCUGCCAUAGCCUUAACACCUGGAGUUAUCCUCGGAUUCACAAUUGGGCACAUUAUGAUUACACAAAAGCCUCACUGGCUCGUCAAGAUUUUUGGUGCUACCAGUGUUACUAAAUGGUGCGUUUAG